AUGGAAAAUAAACGUGUUAAAGUUCAUAUUUCUGAAGAUCAAUUGAAAUGUAAAAAUGGAUGUGGUCAUUAUGGAACUCCACAAUGGAAAGGUUUAUGUUCUGUUUGUUGGAAAAUUAGUCAAAUGGAAACAAGAAGAUUAAAAGAUUUUGCCAAAAACAAAGAUGUAUUAUCAUCAAAUGAUAGUGUUAGUACAUUUAAAACACAUUUUCUUAAAAAUCCUUUAACUACUACUGUUAAUACAAUAGCAAUACGUAGUAGAAAUAUGUUAUCACCAACCACAAGUACAACUGGUAUUACUUUUCCGGAACAAAGUAUAGAUUCUCAACAAUUGUCUAACGUUGAUGUUAUUAGUAGAAAACGUUCAUUAUCUCCAGAAAGUGUUGCAACUAUGGAAGAAUAUUCUUCUUAUAUAAAAACAAAACUUCCUAAAACUCUUGGAAAAGAUAUUGAUCGAAUGACAAAAGAAGCAAUUGGAAAAUUAUUUGAUAAUCAACGAUUUUUGGGAGGAGAUGAACAAUCAGAAAUAGUUCAAACAUUAUAUGAUAAUGUAUGGAAUAAACUUCUUAAAACAGCUAAUGAAUUACGUAAUACUAUGCAUUUAGAUGUCUCUGAAUGUAUAUCAGUUGUUGAAAGAUUAAUUUGUGUUAGAUGUUAUGAUAUUUUAUUUGGUAAUAGUAGUGAAGAAGAAGUUGCUGAUCUUUCUUUACAAGAUAGAAUUCGUUCACUUUAUUGGGUAAAUUAUGGUUUUCUUGAUACAGAAUUAAAUUUUACAAAAAAUAAUGUUAGAGAUUUAAUUGAUGAAGCUGUUGCUAAAGUAAUAGAUAUAAAUGUUUUUAAAAGUACAGAAGAAAAAUUAUCUAGUUUAAUUGAUGGUUGUAGAAAAAUACUAGAAGCAUUAAAACAAUCUCGUGAUGGUGUACCAGCAUCAGCAGAUGAAUUUUUACCAGGUCUUAUUUAUGUAAUUCUCCGUGCAAAUCCUCCAUUGAUACAAUCAAAUUUAAAAUUUAUUUCUAGAUUUGCACAUGAAAAUAGAAUUAUAAAAGGUGAAAGCGGGUAUUAUUUUACAAAUUUUUCAUGUGCAAUUGAAUAUAUUAAAAAUAUGAAUUGUGAAAGUUUAAAAAUGGAUCAGGAUGUUUUUAAUGCAUAUGUAAGUGGUAAACUUUUACCACCAUUAGAUAAAGAUAAUUGUUUAAUGAAAGAUUCAAUUAAAAAAAUUGAAUUAUUAACAAAAAAAGUAGAAGAUUUAUCUAAAGCAGAAGAUUCAUUAGAUGCAAGAUUAGAUGCUUUUGAAGAAAGUAUUGAAGCACAAAAAAUUGCUUUUGUAGAAGAAAUUUCAGAAUAUACUACAAAACAUCCAUCAAAAGAUAUAUUAAAUGUUAUUGAAGAAUUAAAUCUUGAAAAUGAUUCAACAUUUUAA